CGCGAAGCAAAACAACCCGGCCCGUCGGAAGAAAACAAAACCAAACCAAACCAAACCAAACACCACAUUGCAUGGCAAAGACCGCACCACACCACAAAACGACACGACACAAAACGACACGACACUGCCCGAUAUGGAAGCGAGGGGCACAACGGCGGGUGCCCGGCGACCCCCCUCGGUCCCCCUGUCGGAGCUCCUCCUGCGGCCGUCCACCCUGGAACGCUUUUCCCGGCGGGGCUUCGAGUCGACCGGCGAGAUCGAGGAAUCCCGGGCCAGCGGCGGGAUCAAUCUCCUGGCCUCGGAGCUCGACGUCUCCCUGGGGGAGGCGGCGGGGCUGAUCCGGGAGGUCCAGGGCUGCCUCGGGUCCUUUUUGCCAAGGGGCCGGGCCGAUGCGAGCAACGAGAACCAGAGCAUUGGCAUUGGCAAGGACAACGAGCACAACGGCACCGAAGCACCGCCAAAGAGCCGGGACCACGACGACGGGAUCGUCACCGCCUACGAGCUCCUCCACCGGAGCGAUCCCUUGUCCUUCCCGGGCAGCAACACCGGCAGAAGCCAAAGCCAAAGCCGAAGCGGUUGCCUCCCAAACGGCCACAUCGUCACCUUUUGCCGGUCCGUCGACGACCUGCUGGGCGGGGGGAUCGAGCUGGGAAGCCUGACGGAGGUGGCGGGCCUCCCCGGGACCGGAAAGACCCAGCUGGCCACCCAGCUGGCGGUCCUGGCCCGGCUCCCGCCUUCCUUUGGGGGCGUCGGGGGAAGGACCCUCUACGUCGACGCCGAGGGGUCCUUCUCGGCCGACCGGGCCUGGGCCAUGGCGGGGGCCCUGUGCGGGCACGUGGGGGGGACCGCCCGCAAGCGGAGGCAGAAGAGGCGCGGGAGCAAGACCAAGACCAAGCGAAGCAGCCAGAGUGCCACCACCAGCGACGAAAAGGAACACGAACACGAACACGAACACGAACACGAAACAACCUGCCUCCCCCCGGGCUUUACCCCCGAGGGCAUCCUGGCCUCGAUCGACGUCUUUCGGGUCCACGACGAGGCCGCCCUCCUGGCCACCCUCUACUCCCUGGGGGACCGCAUCGGAGAAGCAUCAAGCACGAAAGGCGGCCUCCCCGUCCGGCUGGUCGUCGUCGACAGCAUCGCCUUUCACUUCCGGGCGGCCUCCCCCACCGAUCCCUCCUACUACCUGCGGCGGACCAAGACCCUCGCGGGCCUGGCCGGCUACCUGGGGGACCUGGCCCGGAGGCACGGCCUGGCGGUCGUGGCGAUCAACCAGAUGACCACCAGGAUGCGCCACGGCCACGGCCACGGCCACGGCCAAAGCAGCAACGGAAGCGGCAGCGGCAGCAGCAACCCCUCCGACGCGCUGGUGGUCCCGGCCCUCGGCGAGUCCUGGGCCCACGCCACCGCGACGCGCCUGGUCCUGUCGAGGGAGCKGCAGUGGCAGGGGGGGACCCGCGGAAGGAACGAGAACGAGAACGAGAACCACAACGACUGCGAGAACGACAACGACUACGACCGGCCCGCCGUGCUCCGGCCGGUGCGGAUCUGCUCGCUGGUCAAGUCCUCCCACCGGCCCACGGGACGGGCCCUUUACCGCAUCCUGGAAGAGGGGAUCCGGGACGUGGUCCGCAACAACGACAACAGCAGCAGCAGCAGCAGCAGCAGCAAGCGACCAAGAACCGGUUAGCCAUCGAGGCCCUGCAACGAUGGAUCCGUUCGGAUCGGGUUGCUUGUUAGCUUCGGCACAAUACAGUACUCUGCCGAACCAAUACGGUGAACGGCAGAGAACCAACCACCGCCGUUCCACCUGCCGGUGGCAAGACGACAACCAAACAACCAACCACUAAAAAACUGCAAGCUAC